UGCUGCAGCCUGCCCAUAGAGGUAGUCACCAUGACUGAGUUUGGAGAUUUCAUGAACGUUCUGGGGGACUUUGGGCCAUAUCAGAAGCUGCUGGUAUUCCUCAUCUCCCUCCCACUGCUGCUUAAUCCUUUCCAAAUGAUUGGCCAAGUGUUCAUGGUUCUGGAGGUGCCACACCACUGUGACACCAGCUGGAUCCGUGCUGUCGGCCCCAACCUGACGGAGGAAGAGCAGCUGAACCUCACCCUGCCCCGAGGCGCGGAUGGGGCCUACGAGCAGUGCCGCAGGUACUCGCCGGUGGACUGGGACCUGGACUCCAUCAGGACCUACGGCCUGAACGCCACCGAGGAGUGCCGCAGUGGGUGGGUGUACCCUGCGGGACAGCCGCCCUCCCUGCUGACCGAGUUUGACCUGGUGUGUGAAAGGAAGGACCUGAAGGACAUCUCCCAGUCUAUCUACAUGGCGGGGCUUCUCUUAGGAGCCAUCAUCUUUGGGGCACUAAGUGACAGGGUGGGCCGCCGGCCAGUCUUUCUCAUCUCCAUCUCCCUCCAGGGCUUGUUUGGCCUAGGGACUGCCUUUGCACCCCACCUCUAUGUGUACAUGGCCUUCAGGUGUGUCGUUGGCAUAGCGGUGUCAGGCAUUCUGAUUACUUCCCUGGCUCUAGCUACAGAAUGGGUUGGUGUCUCCCGGCCCAAGGCAGUGCUCAUUACCCACUGCUGUUUGGCCUUGGGGCAGGUGCUUUUGGCUGGCUUGACUUACGGACUUCGCAACUGGAGGCUGCUGGAGAUUGCAGGGAAUGCUCCACUCUUUGCCCUUUUCUUCUACAUCUGGGUGCUACCAGAAUCAGCUCGGUGGCUGGUAACAAAAGGCAGAAUAGAAGAGGCCAAGAAGGUCCUUCAGAAAGCAGCAUCCUUCAACAAGUGCACCAUCCCACCAGAACUCCUUGAGCAGCUGAAUCCUGUGAAACAGACCAAGUCUGGAAGCAUUCUGGAUCUCUUUUGGAAGAAGCAGCUCCGGAAGGUGAUUUUAAUCAUGUUGGUCACCUGGUUUGCAAACAGUCUUGUCUACUAUGGGUUGAGCCUCAGUGUGACAAGUUUUGGUCUGGACAUCUACCUGACACAGCUUGCCUUUGGAGCAGUGGAGUUACCAGCUCGACUGUCCUGCAUUUUCCUGCUUGAGUGGUUUGGGAGGAAGAAGACCCAGGCUGUGCUCCUGCUGCUGUCAGGCCUGAUGUGUCUCAUCAUCACUGGCAUCCCUGAAGACCAGCCUGUGGUGAUCACCAUCCUGGCCAUCAUUGGCAAGUUUACAGCCACAGCCUCCUUCUCUACUUCUCACAUCUAUGCUGCAGAGCUCCUCCCCACCAUCAUCAGACAGACUGGCGUGGGGCUGUGCUCCAUGUCAGCACGGGUCGCAGGGGUCUUGGCCCCUCUGAUUCGCCCCCUGGCUGAGUUCCACCAGGCCAUACCCUUGGCCAUCUUCGGGAGUCCCCCUGUGCUUGUGGGGCUGCUCUGCUUCCUGCUGCCCGAGACCAGUGGCAACGAUUUGGUAGAUGACCUGAGGUCAGCCAACCCACAGCUGAGGAGCAAGAAUCUGGAAGAGCUGUCCAAGAAAGACCUCACAGAGGAUGGAGCAGACUUGAAGAAGGACACAUGCAGAAGCUUAGAGAGCAAGUAA